AUGGAGGCGGCGACGGCCAUGGAUUUCCACACCCUCUCGCGACGGGAGCUCCAGGCGCUGUGCAAGCGCAACGGCGUCCGCGCCAACAUGACAAACGCCGCCAUGGCCGAGGCGCUCCAGCGCCUAGAUUCGGUCGACGGGAUCGACGAGAUCGGUACGACUCUCUGUCACCCGACGCCAGGAAGGUCGGCGAUGAAGUCGGCGGCGAAGAUGGUGGCCGUUGAGGAGCAGCAGCACGGUAGCCCGCUCCCCCGCGGCCGCCGCGUAUCGGUGAAAUCACCAGAGGCCAUCCGGAUGGAGGUUGAAGGAGGAGCGGACGAGAUGAAGGAGAUCGUGAAGACACCCGGCGUGGCGCUGCGCAGCACCCGCCGCGGCACUCGGGCCACGCCCGCGCCGCUUCCUACUCCGGUGCCGGCGUGCAGUACGCGCGCAACAGCGAGGAGGACCGCCGCUCGUAAGACGGGCGAGGUGGCGCCGACCCCAGCCACCUGGAGGAGCCAGAGGACGGCGUCUCGCAAGGCCGCGGGGGCAGUGGAGGCGGGCCGACCCGCCGAAGAUGUACCCGAGGAAAAGACAUCGAAGAUGACGAUAGCUUUGGAUCAGGAAGCCGAAGUGGUGGCGGCCGCAUCGAAGGAGAAGGUGCAGCAAGGCGAACCGAAAGCUGCUGUCUCGGAUGUGAAAUGUGAUGGCCCAAAGGAGGAGAAGGGGCAGCAAGAGGAACCAAAGGGUAUUGUUCCUAAGCAGUCAGUGAUCUUACUUCUUGAAUGCACAGCUGAUUCUUCUGAUGCAGCCAUAGCGUCUGCAGCUGUUUUGGUUCAGAGCUGCAAUGAUCCUAAGGUGGAGGAAGUGGUGGUUGUCAUGGAGGAACAGUCCACAAAGCCCCACGAAGGAAUUGUGAAAGAGCUGGAACCUAUCAGUGUUGAGAGAUCUGCUCUUUUGACAGUCAUGGAUGAUUCACCCAUCCUAGGUGUCAUUGAGAAGGAACAGGAUGUCUCGGUUGAAGAUUGUGAGGACCUGGCUGAAUUCGCACCUGCAAGGGAGAUGACUGAUGAGAUCAUUCCUGUUACUGAAGAUAAGGAAGUGGCCAUCAGGGAGGAGGUUGUUACUGAAGAUAAGAAAGUGGCCAUCAGUGAGGAGGCUACUGAAGAUAAGGAAGUAGCUAUCAAUGAGGAAGUGGCCGUCAAUGAGGAGGCCGUCAAGGAAGAUGGUUUUGCUAACACUGUUGAGACUGAUCCUACCCCAGAGGAGAUUCUGACUGCUGCGGGAGAAGAUGAGGCCAUUGAGGAAGGUGAAGUCAUACUCACUGAAGGCAAAGAAGGUGCUGCUGAUGAGAUGCCACAGGCUGGUGAGACCAGUGAAGAAGAUGAGGAAGAUUACCUCACUGAAUUGAAACAAGGGGCUGCUGAUGAGGUGGCUGAGCUGGCAGACAAUGAAACAAGUGAAGAAGAUGAAGAUGACCUAACUGCAGAGAGAGAAGGAGCUGCUGCUAAGAUGCUGCAGGGUGAACUGACAGACGAUGAGGCCAGUGAAGAAGACGAUCUCGAUGAAGAUGAGGAAUGGGCUUCAGAUGAUGAUGAGACCACUGAGGAAAUUGGCUCUACUGAUGAGAGCGAUGAAGAUACUGAUGGGACCAAUGAGGAGAGUUACACCAUUGGUGCAGUCCAAAUGUUGCAGGGAACUGGGAUAGCUGAAGAGGCCAACGAAGAUGCCUCUACUGAAGAUGAUGAUUUCAGUGGCGACCUACCACCAGAGUUUGACAAUAUCAUGGUAUUCAGUGAUGCUGAAACUGAGAGUGACAUUGCUGCUCCAGUGCUCGAGGAAAACCAGGCUGCUGUUGCAUCUGCAACCAAAACUGCAAAGUCUCUGGAUGAUUCUGCCAUGAGUUUAGAGCAGGAGGAGGGUCCUGAGGAGGCUGAUGCUACUGAAAAAGCAUUGAAAGCUACUGAAAAAGCAUUGAAAGAGGUUGACAACAUUGUGAAGUCCCUGGAUGAGUUCACCUUCAAGGAGGGAGAAUCAGAGGAGAUGCAGAAGCAGCAGCCACAGGAUUAUAAUAGCAUGAGCCUAAGGAAGCUUAAAAGCACGUACAAGAAAUGUCUUAUUGCUGCAAAGCAGGAAGGGAAGCAGGAGGAGGUCACCGAAGGGAAGAGGCUUCCUCUCGAGGAGACUGUAGAAGCUGAGAGGAUAUCUGUGGACCAUGUUGCCCGUCUCAAACCAUCUGAUGGUGGCUCAGCAGCAACUCAGGUGCUGUUUGGUAUGAUUUUGCCCCGUAAACAGUUCCCCCUGGCCCUGAUAUCUGAUUCCGUGGCUGGUCCUGCAUUGGCUGCUCAUCUUACAGGAAUACACAGUGCCGUCAAGAUGCUCAAUAGCAGGGUCCGUGUUAUCCAUCAGUAUCUGUUGCCAUGCAAAAAAAAAGGUGACAUUCCAGUGGAUAAUUCGCUGCUUAGGCAAGUCUCAAGCCUCGUAAGAAGGCUACCAGCUAUGGAGUCACAGAAAUUCCAAGAUGACUUCUUAAUGGAAUACAACGACACUCUCCUCGUGACUUACCUGGCAAUGUUCACUAACUGUUCAACUCUUUCACAAAUGAAGUUCCUUCUUCUAUACCCUCUUUGUUGGAAAUUUCACUUGUGUUGA